ACUCUCCUCCCAAAUCUCAACUCAUACCAACUCAAUCAUCCCUUAUCUUGUUUUCAGUCUAUCGAAAUUCUCUAACCUAUCGAUCAUCCCUUUUCCUCUUUUCAUCUUUCAGGAUUUUCUAACCUACCAAUCAAUCCUUAGUUCUCUUACCAUGACCCGAAACCGAACCCGAGGAUGUUCAUCAUGCACAAAGGAUCAAUUCCUCCCGGAGGAAUCCUUCAUGAGUUGGGGAAAUUACCUAACGGCCCUAAAACAAACCCCAUCAAGAUUAAUGAACAGGGUCACGGCCCGAUCAUUAGACUCGACCGAAUUCGAAGUGAAAGCCGUUAGCGGGAAUGAAAUGAAAAAAACAUUAAAUUGGUGGGAUAUAAUUUGGUUUGGGGUUGGCGCGGUCAUUGGAGCGGGCAUUUUUGUUCUAACGGGCCAAGAAGCUAACCAACAUGCGGGCCCGGCUGUUGUUUUGUCUUAUGCUAUUUCGGGCUUUUCCGCUAUGCUUUCUGUUUUAUGUUACACCGAAUUUGCUGUUGAGAUUCCUGUUGCAGGUGGUUCAUUCGCGUAUCUAAGAGUGGAGCUAGGUGACUUCAUGGCAUUCAUAGCAGCAGGAAACAUAAUCCUUGAAUAUGUGAUAAGUGGUGCAGCAGUAGCAAGGUCAUGGACAUCCUACUUUGCUACACUAUGCAACCAUGAACCACAAGAUUUCAGAAUCAUAGCACACAAUCUAAGCCCCAACUACAACCAACUAGACCCAAUUGCUGUAGUUGUUAUAGCAGUGAUCUGUGUCCUUGCAGUCUACAGUGUUAAAGGAUCUUCUCGUCUCAACUAUUUCUCAUCCAUCGUCCAUCUCCUCAUCAUCGUCUUUAUUGUGAUCGCGGGUCUUUUUCAUGCUAAUAAAACUAACUUGACCAACUUUACUCCAUAUGGUCCUAGGGGAAUUUUUCAGGCUUCAGCAGUUCUGUUUUUUGCUUAUGUGGGGUUUGAUGCUGUGUCUACUAUGGCUGAAGAGACUAAGAAUCCUGCAAGAGAUAUCCCUAUUGGCUUGAUUGGUUCUAUGACUAUUUGUACUUUUGCUUAUUGUGUCAUGUCUUUCACUCUUUGCCUUAUGGUUCCUUACUCUAAAAUUGAUAAGGAUGCUCCCUUUACUUUGGCCUUCCAACAGGUGGGAAUGGGCUGGGCAAAGUACCUUGUGGCUGUAGGAGCAUUGAAAGGAAUGACAACAGUAUUACUAGUAAGUGCAAUAGGGCAAUCUCGUUACUUAACACACAUAGCAAGAACUCAUAUGAUGCCUCCAUGGUUGGCCCACGUAAACGAGAAAACAGGUACACCGGUAAAUGCAACUGUGGUUAUGAUGCUUGCCACAGCUGCAGUCGCAUUCUUUACCAGUCUCGACGUUUUAGCUAAUCUCCUAUCGAUCUCCACCUUAUUCAUCUUCAUGUUAGUCGCUGUUGCUUUAUUAGUCCGAAGAUACUAUUCAAGCGGAACAACUUCAACAAAACAUCGAAACAUGUUGAUCGGAUGCUUGGUUUGUAUCCUUGGUUCAUCCAUCGCAACUGCUGCAUUUUGGGGAGUAUCCCAAACUGGUUGGAUUCCAUACACUAUUACUGGUCCUAUUUGGGUCUUGGGUACUUUGGUAUUACAAUUCUUUGUUCCUCAAAAAAAGCCUACAACUUGGGGGGUGCCCUUAGUUCCUUGGAUACCUUCAGCUUCUAUUGCUGUCAAUAUCUUUCUACUUGGGUCAAUUGAUAAGGACUCGUUCAUCAGGUUCGCGAUUUGGACUGGUCUUUUAAUGGUGUAUUAUUUGUUGUUCGGGUUACAUGCUUCUUAUGAUAACGCUAUGGAGAUGGAAAAGGCGAAAUCGGUUGAAAAUGUUAUGGAAUUGGGUGAGGUUGAAGCUCCUAAGUCUCUUCAUACUACUCAUGGAUCAGAUGAAGAUGGAAAUACAGUUAGUGAUGGUAAUGAUCAGAAAAAUUAGAGUUAGUUAGAUUUUUUAGUAUUAGUGUGUAGGUUUUGUGUUUUGUACUUAAUUUUUUUCUUGCUUUUGAACCUUAAGUUUCUACAUUUUUAUAUGAAUUGUUUUGAAAGUUAUGAAUUAUUUUCCUUUGUUUACAUCGAGUUACUGCACAAAUGUGAGUUAGUAGUUUUGUGGUU